AUGCCCGUCAUCUCUUUCCUCUCGCUCCUAUCGCCCACUUCACUCCCUCUCUCUCUCUUCCACUUCAACAGCGGAGCCACAUCGGUGGAUUUCUCCUGCGUUGGUGCUACUGCUGCUGCCAACUCCACAGCGGGGAGCGGUGCUAGGGGCAGCAAUGGGAGCAACGCGACAACAGGCGGUGGCUCGGGCGGCAGCAGUGGCAGUACCAACUCCACCACGGGCAGCGGAACGGGCAGCAGUGGCAGUGGGAGCACCACCAACAGCACGACCCCUGCUCCUCCCUCUACCCCGCCUGCUUAUAGCGAGUCGUUUCCCUUCCCGCCUGAUUCUAACGGGUUCGUGAGUCCUCCUCCUCACCACGACGGAGACCAUGACCAUGGGAUUGAGCAUGGGAACGACGGUGAGCAGGAGGGGGGAGAGUGGGGAGACAGGGAGGAGUGGGCGCAUUGGGGAAACGGAGAGGGGGAGCGUGAGGAGGGGAGGGGAGACGGAGGGGAGGGCGACGAAAAAGGGGAAGGAGGGGAAGGAGGGGAAGGAGGGGAAGGGGGAGAUGGGGCAGGAGGGGGGGAUGUGGCAGGAUGGGGAGGUGGGUCUGGUGCAGCAUCGGCUUGCCAGGCCUCGUCCCUCCCUCAGUGGCGACAAGUGAGUGCCAAGGGGGCAUGUGGCAUGGGGUGGGUGAGGAAGGAGGUAUGGGUGCUUGAGCAUGGGGCAUGGGGCAUAUGGGGCAUGGCCGCAUGGGUCAUGGGCAUAUGGAGCAUGGCCGCAUGGGUCAUGGGCAUAUGGGGCAUGGCCGCAUGGGUCAUGGGCACAUGGGGCAUUGGGCAUGGAGCAACGGCAGCAUCAUCAACUGGUUGGAACUUCAUCCUGCACUGGAAAGCCACCACAAGCGCCACCAGCACCAUCGCAGUGGCAGCAGAGGCAGCAACGAGCGGGUGGGUGUCGCUCGGCUGGUCCGCCUCUGGUCGCAUGUACCCCGCUGAAGCCGCCAUUGGGAACCUUCCUCCAUAUUUUCCUCUCUUCCCCUCUCCCCAUCCCUGCAGCUUCAUUCUGCACUGGAAAACGAGCGCCACCAACACCAUAGCAGUGGCAGCAGAGGCAGCAACGAGCGGCUUCAUCCUCCACUGGAAAGCCACCACCAGCGCCACCAGCACCAUCGCAGUGGCAGCAGAGGCAGCAACAAGUGGGUGGGUGUCUGUCGGUUGGUCUGCCUCCGGUCGCAUGUACCCCGCUGAGGCCGCCAUCGGCAACCUUCCUGCUGGCACUCUUUCCACUGGGAAUGCUGCAGCAGCAGCAGUCGGGGCGUAUUUAAUGAGCGGCUAUGGAGCCAGCGACGUCACGGUUACGAGCUCGUUUGCGGUUACCAACACGGCUGUGGAGGCGAGCAACGGGCGGACGGUUGUCAAGUUUGAGCGGUCGAUGACUGAUGGAGAGUUCCCUGUGUCCUCGAGCCGAGUUCUGUGGGCGUACUCGCGGGAUAACUCGCAGCAGCUGGCAGACCACGGGCCCAAUGCGGGCAUCAGAGUUGGGAGAAUCAAGCAGCGGCAGUGCCUCGCUCUACACCAUGCAUGUAUGGCUGCUCACUGUCGCCUUUGGCAUGCUCAUGCCCUCUGUCCCUCCCCCAUCCCCAUUGACAGAGGCUCUGUGACAGUCAACUUUGCAACGGGAGCAUCCGAAGUGGGCGGCUCCAGCACUGAGAGCGCCACGCUCUACACCGUGCAUGCAUGGCUGCUCACUGUCGCCUUUGGCAUACUCAUGCCCGCUGCCAUCCUUGUAUCGAGGCUCUUCCUUGCGGAUAAGCCCAUGCCUGGGCAUUCCACUGCCCCUGCUGCUGCAAGUAACCCUGGUGCAAGCAACAGCGGGACAGCUGCAGCGGGCACGGCAGCCGCAGGUGGGUUGGGGGAGCCGAUGCUUGGCGAGAAGCAUGGUGGGGCGGCAGCAGCGAAAGAGGGGGGAGGGAGUCCCCUAAAAGCCAGUCUCCCCAGCAGCCUGGUGGCAGAAGAUGCACCGGCUCUUGUUGCUCUCUCCGUCGGGGGACCAUCUCCAGCAGCAGCAGCAGGAGGAGCAGCAGGGUCGGGCACAGCAGGAGGUGCAGCAGCAACAACAGGGGGAGCAGUUGUCAGGAAGCCAUGGGUGAGCAAGCCCAUGGCAUUUGAGGUGCACAAGUGGCUUAUGCUCUCCGCUGUGCUGCUUGCUCUCGCUGGAAUCAUCAUGGCCUUUGUUGAGAAGGGGUCGCAAUCAUUGCAGUCGACACAUGGACAGCUCGGAUUGGCCGUGAUGGUGCUGAUUGUUGUGCAGCCAAUCGUGGGGCAGCUGAGGCCGCUCAAGAAGCAUCCCAGCCGUCCAUCCUGGUUUGCGCUGCACUGGGUGGUUGGCGUUGGAACGGUGGUGAUCGCGUGGGCAAACACGUACCUGGGAUUCAAGCUUGCCACCUCCAAAUUUGGAUACGACCUCAAUAGGCGGAAACCAAGGGUUGAAGCUAUGGCGCGUCGCAACACGGGGAAGCCAGUCAUCGAAGACGAUGACGACGAUUGGGGUUCCAACGCUAGGUGGGUUCCCCCCUCCCAGCGCGCCGCAUCCGGCGGCGGCGGCGGCGAGCAGACGCUUAAGGACCUCGAGGACGAGGCGCUGCAGAAGAAUAGCGAGUUAACGGACGCGACUCUUAAUCUCCGACGAAUCACAGAGCAGACGAAGGGCGUCGCGGGACAGACGCUGGUGACGCUUAAGGAGCAAGGCGACCAGAUCGCGCGUAUACACGAGAACGCCGUCACGCUGGACCAAGAAAUGGAGAAGUCCGAGAAGCUUCUGAGCAAGCUCGGCGGAAUGUUCUCGUUCGGAUGGACGCCGAAGAAGGGUCACAAGAUCACAGGGCCUAAGUCUUCAGCCAACAAGAAGGACUCGGCAUCGGGAGACGCGGCGAGCCGCGAGGGCUUGGGAUUGUCGGCGCCGAAAGCGGGCGCGGCACCUCCUAAAGCCAAGGAGGGCAUGACAGCAAUGGAGAAGAUCGAGAUGGAGCGCAAGUUCCAGGACGAGGUGCUGGACGAUGUGAGCGAUGGGCUGGACGCGCUGAAGAACAUGGCCAUGACCAUGGGGUCCGAGAUGGACAAGCAAGACAAGGCGUUGGACCAUCUGUCGGACGAUGUCACGGAGAUCAACAGCAGAGUGAAGCAGUCCAACAAGCGCGCCGCCAAGCUGCUUGGGAAACGCUAG